CGAAGGUGGCUAACGCCAUGUUCCUGAAUGGAAUAUCAGGGGAACAUUUAUUGCAUUUUUAAGCAUUUAUCUUCAGUAUUGUAUUGCGCACCUGUAGUUAACCGCUUGUAUAACAAACUGGGUGUCACAGUGUUUAUGUUUCGCACGAGGAAUUAUUAUUUGUAGCAGCACAACAAUAGAACUGCGCAAUGCACCAUGGAGGGGGACCAUCGAAUGUCCAGCGGCAAGUACAGCGAUCCAAAUCCACCACAGCAGGCACUGAGGCAGAGGAGCAGCAGCAGCAGCAGCCUCAACAACAGCAGCAGCAGCAGCAGGCCCUUGCUGUCUCCCAACAACAGCAGGGGGCCACCGGCCACCCCCAGUCCCCAGUGACCACCUUCACCUCCGCUACGGCGGCAGCUAGUCCCUCAGCCCCGCAGUCCCCCAACUACCAGAUCAUCAUGAGCCGUAGUCCAGUGACGGGCCAGAACAUGAACAUCACACUGCAGAACGUGGGUCAGAUGAUGACGGCGUCGGGCAACCAGCAGAUCACCCUCACCCCCCUGCCGCUGCCCAACCCGGCAUCACCGGGCUUCCAGCACCAGGCGGCGCCGCAGUGGCGCUUCGAGGGCACGCCGUCUUACAUCCAGGUGGCCUCGCCGCUGCCCCAGACCAUUCAGUCGCAGAGCCCCACCCAGCACAGCCCCGUGCCCCUGCAGGCCGUCCCACGGGGCGGCGCUCCAGCCUCGGCCGCGGCCACCCUGGGCGUGUGUGGCCAGAGCCCCACGCGGUUUGUGGACGCGGGCAUGCUGGUGCGACAGAUCAGCCUGGGCAGCCCCAACGCGGCGGGUCAUUUCGUCUACCAGGACGGCACGGGGCUGACGCAGCUGGCGGCGCCCACCGCGGCCGGUCAGGUGCAGCUGGCGUCUCCCGGCGCAGCGGGAGUGGCGCGAGAGAGGAGGCUGUCCCAGCCGCACUCACAGACUGGGGGCACCAUCCACCACCUCGGGCCCCAGAGCCCUGUGGCCACCAGCUCAGCUCUCCAGGCCCUGGGCAGCCCGGGCCACAUCACCACUUCCAACCUGCCCCCUCAGAUCUGCAGCAUCAUCCAGGGCAUGAUGCUGGAGAAGCCCGCUCAGGGCAUGGUGGCCACCGGAGGCGGUGUAGGUGUAGGAGGCGGCAUCGCUGCCACCACCACGGCUGCAUUCGGGGUGCCCGCCCCGCUCACGCCCUCCAGCCCAUUGUGCACCACCGCCCCCCAAGGCCUUUCCAGCAUGCAGCUCACCCAAACAAGUACUACCACCACCACCACUACCACCAUGGUGAAGAAGAGCUUGGCCAGAAAGCUGGAGGAGGUCGCCCCGGCCACGCCUGAGGUGGCCCAGCUGCGCAAGCAGUGCCUGGAGCACCACAGCAAGAAGAUGGACGGGCUCAAGGAGGUCUUCAAGGAGUACCUGAUCGAGCUCUUCUUCCUGCAACACCUGCAGGGCAACAUGAUGGACUACCUGGCCUUCAAGAAGAAGCCCUGCGUGCCCCUCUUCACCUACCUGCGGCAGAACGACCUGGACCUGGAGGAUGAGGAGGAGGAGGAAGAGCAGUCUGAGGUUAUCAACGACGAGGUGAAGGUCGUGACCGGCAAGGACGGACAGGCAGGAACUCCAGUUGCCAUAGCGAAGCAGCUCCCACCCAACGUAUCGGCUGCCUUCUCUGCUCAGCCUCAGCAGUUCCAGGUGCACCAGGGCAUGGCUGGCGGCGGCAUCUCCAAUCCCAUGGAUCUCGAGGCCUUAAAAAGGCAGCAGGCUCUGGCUCAAGCAGGCGGCAUGCCCCCCACCCCGCAGACCGUUCAGAUCGCCGGCCAGAAACCCAACCAGCAGCAGUACGACCCGUCCAAGGGCCCUCCCGUGCAGAACGCGGCCAGCCUGCACACCCCUCCGCCCCAGCUGCCCGGCCGCCUGCCCCAGCUGUCCAUGGCCGGGCUGCCCCUGGCGGCCCUCUCCCAGCAGCAGCAGCAGCAGAUGGUCCUGGAGGCGGCCCAGGUGCAGGUGUCCGGAGGAGCAGCAGCAUCAGCAGCCGCCGCCGCAGCCCUGCAGGCCCAGGGCCAGAUGAAGGUGGUGGGGGCUGGAGCUGCAGCGGCAGCCGCAGGGGCCGUGCUGACGGCGGUCAACCCCCACACGCAGCUCCAGGCACAGCUGCAGCAGCAGAUGCAGCAAGGCCUGCACCUCCAGAUGCAGCAGGCAGCGCAGCAGGGCAUGCUGCAGCCAGGACAGGCGACGGUGGCUCUGGUGCGUCCAGUGGUGGACCCCAGUCAAGCAGGCGGCCAGCGUCUCAUCGCCAACUCCCUGCAGGCCUCGUCCCUGUCGCCCGCCCCCCUCUCCGCGCCCGGCUCCCUGCCCUCCCCCCUGGCCUCUGCUGCGGGGAUCCGUCCCACCAACGCCCUUGCCAACCCCAGCCACUCCAAGCUGGCCACUGCCAACGGCACGUCCUCCCUCAAGAGCGGCAGCCUCGGAGGUGGUGGGUCGCAGAGCUCGGCCGGUCAGUCAUCCCAGGAGAGCUCUCAGGACAAGCUGGCCGAGCAGGCCAAACUGGAGAGCCAGAUGCACCAGCGCAUUGCGGAGCUGCGUAAGGAAGGCCAGUGGUCGGCCAGCCGUCUGCCCCGGCUGCAGGAGUCCUCACGCCCCAAGUCCCACUGGGACUACCUGCUGGAGGAGAUGCAGUGGAUGGCCGCCGACUUCGCCCAGGAGAGGAGGUGGAAGAUGGCCGCCGCCAAGAAGCUGGUUCGCACGUGUGCCCGUUACCAUGACGAGCAGCGGAAGAGUGCUGAGCGUGUGAAGAAGGAGGAGGAGAUGCGCAUGAGGCAUAUCGCCGGCACCAUCGCCCGGGAGGUGGACUUCUUCUGGUCCAACAUCGAGCAGGUUGUGGAGAUUAAGCUACGCUUUCAGAUUUAUGAAAAGCAGCAGAAAGCCAUACGGCUGCAGAAGACCAAUAGCAAAGGUCAGAGCACGAAAGCAGCAACCUCAGCGAAAGAGGAGGAGGAGAAGAAAGCAGCUCCAUCUGAGCAGCGAUCUUCAGGCAGGAAAAGGAAACACAGCACCACCCAUUUCGAGGAAGAAGCGGAGGACGAGGAGAGCACCAUAGAGGAACAGGAGGCCAUGGAGGUGGAGGCGGACCAGAAGGCCGAGCUGGAGGACCUCGCCAAAGAUGCUGAGGUACCUCUGGAUGCACUGGUGAAGCAGUAUGCCGGUGCCUAUGCGGACGACUUCGAUUGGCCACAGCCUGGCUCCCAGAGCGAGGAUGAGGAGAAGGAGGAAGUCGAAGAGAUGGAGGCUCCCCUGGGAAGCCCUCACGAGGCGGUGCUGAUCGACUCUCUGCUGAGCAUGGAGCAGCAUCGGGGGGCCGACACCUCCUCCUCUGCCUCCGCAGACGGUGGUAAACCACCCAAGGACAUUGCUGAGGUGGCGUCUGCCACGGAGGCCAUCCUGCCCAAAGGCCAGGCCAAGACCAGCGCCCCGGCGCGUUUCCAGGCUGCGUCGCUGCUGCACGGCUCCCUGCGUGACUACCAGCAGGUGGGCGUGGACUGGCUGGCCAACCUGCACAAGAAGCACCUGAACGGCAUCCUGGCAGACGAGGCCGGCCUGGGCAAGACCGUGCAGACGGUGGCCUACAUGGCUCAUCUGGCCUGCAACGAGGGCAUCUGGGGUCCUCACCUGGUGGUGGUGCGCAGCAGUAAGCUGCUGAGCUGGGAGAUGGAGUUCAAGCGCUGGUGUCCCGGCCUCAAGAUCCUCCUCUACCUCGGCAGCCCUCGCGAACGCAGACGCACCAGAGCGUGGUGGUCGGAGGCGAACAGCUUCCACGUGUGUGUGACGUCCUACAAGCUGCUGAUGAAGGACCAGAGCCACUUCGUGCGGCGCCGCUGGAGCCACCUGGUGCUGGACGAGGUGCAACUGCUCAAGAACGUCACAGAGAAACACUGGGAGACCAUCUUCAGCAUCAAGAGCCAGCAGAGGAUCCUGCUGAUCAACAGCCCUCUGCAGAACACGCUGCGGGAGCUGUGGACCAUGAUCCACUUCCUGCUGCCGGGCAUUACGCGGCCCUACGCAGACUUCCCCGUCAAGGCCGCCACCGACCAGAACCAGGACUACUGCCACAAGCUUCUCAUCCGGCUGCAUAGGAUGAUCCAGCCCUUCAUCCUGCGUCGUUCCAAGCGCGAGGUGGAGAAGCAGCUGCCCAAGAAGUAUGAGCACAUUCUCAAGUGCCGCCUGUCUGGACGCCAGAAGAGCCUCUACGACGACGUGCUCACACAGCCCAGUGCCCAGGAGGCCUUGAAGACGGGCCACUUUGUGAGCGUGCUGCAGGUGCUGAUGCAGCUCCAGCGGAUCUGCAACCACCCGGAGCUGCUGCAGCAGAGGGCCCCGCGCAGCUCCUACGUCUGCCAGCCGCUGGUCUACAACACCCCCUCGCUGGUGCUGGACGCCCUGCGCAAGGACAGAGACCAGAGCUGUGACCUGUCCUUGUUUGACCUGAUCAACAACGAGAGGAGUCUGAGUCGCUAUGAGACGGAGCAGGCCAUCCCCAAGCUGAAGGUCUCCAAGCAACUCAUAGAGGAGCUCCACAGCGCCCCCGACGCCCCCGCCAGACCCAAACCCUGCAGGAUCAAACCCAUGAAGUUGUUCCAGCCAGUGCAGUACGGCACGAACCCAGAAGGUCGCCUGUUGCCCCUGACGGGUGCAACCCAGGCACAGCGCACUGGCACCAGCACCACUGGUCCCACAACCACCGCUGCUGGUGCUGGCACGACUGGCACCUCCAGCCCCGCGGGACAGCCCAGAGGCAAAUCACCCGUCACAACAGCAGCCUCCACACAAGCUGGCCAGACGGCCUCCUCUUCCGCCCCCGGGGCGGUGGCGGGGGGCGUCCCCAUUCCUGCCCCCACCCUCCCCAUGGCCGCAGCCCCUCCCCGGCCGCUCCUGGCCCCCCAGGCGGCCCUGCAGCCUGGCCUGGUCUCCCAGAGGCUGGUCCUCAGCUCCCAGGCCCAGGCACGCCUGCCUAGUGGAGACGUGGUGAAGAUCGCCCAGCUGGCGUCCCUGGCGGGUGCAGGUGGCGCCGGCGGUGCGGCAGGCGCCCAGAACCGAGUAGCCCAACCCGAGACGCCGGUCACCCUCCAGUUCCAGGGCAACAAGUUCACCCUCUCGCCCAGCCAGCUGCGCCAGCUCACCACCGGCCAGCCGCUGCAGCUGCAGGGCACCCUGGGUAACAUCCUGCAGAUCGUGUCGGCUCCUGGUCAGCAGCUGCUGCCGCGGCAGGGUUCCAUGGUGAUGCAGACGGUGCCCCAGCAGCAGCAGCAGGCGGUGGCCCCCGUGCCCAACGCCGCCACCCCCGGCACCCCUCCACCCACCUCCACCACACCAGCAGCCACCGCUGCAGCAACACCACCCACCACACCACAGACAGAUGCUGCACCCAAUGGCAAAACCCCCACCCCCUCCACACAGGCCAUGUCGCAGGAGUCUCGAGAGGAGCCCGUGUCCCCCAUGUCCCCCGAGCGCCUGGCCCGCCUGCUGAGUGCCAACGAGCGUCGCUGCUCCCGCGCCGUCCUCUACGGCCGAGACCUGCUCAACGCCUGCUCACUCUCACACACCGCCGCGCGCCCCACACACACCUCCCGCACACACCACGCCUAUGCCGCCACUCACCGCUGGAGAUGGGUGGGCAGCACGGGGUGCCAGAGGGCGCAGGAGACCCCUGUGGGUACGGUGGCCCCCCUGCGGGCUGCACUGUUGUCCCACGCAGAGAGGGAGGAGGCUGGACAGGAUGUGGCCAAUAGGUUCACCUGUGUGGUCCCUCCCGCCGUGGCCCCUCCCCCACAGAUGUAUGCAUCCAAUCCGCCGGCCCCGUACAGCCUGGAGCAUAAGGCCCAUGCGCUGCGUCUGCAGGUGGCGGGCGCCGCCCACUCCUCAGACCUCCGCAGGGCCACGGCUCCCCCGCUCCUCUGCCUGCCCGACCGCCGCGCCCUGGAGCUGGACUCAGGUAAGCUGGAGGCUCUGUCCAUCCUGCUGCAUAAGCUGCGUGCGGAGAAGCGUCGCGUGCUGAUCUUCACCCAGAUGCUGCGCAUGCUGGACCUGCUGGAGGCCUUCCUGGACCACCGCCACCUCACAUACACACGCGUGGACGAGAGACUCACUACAGAGGAGAGACAGGAGCAGGUGCGGGCCUUCAACCGUAACCGGCAGGUGUUCUGCACCAUCCUGACCAACCGCUGCUGCUCGUCCAUGGGGCCCGUGUUGGACGCGGACACCGUGGUGUUCUACGACACCGACCUCAACCCCAGCAUGGACGCGCGCACCCAGGAGUGGUGCGACCGCAUCGGACGCUCCAAGGACAUCCACAUCUACAGGCUGGAGAGUGGUAACUCUAUAGAGGAGAAGCUGCUGAAGAACGGCACCAAGGACCUGAUCCGGGAGGUGGCGGCCCAGGGCACCGACUACACUCUGGCCUUCCUCACACAGCGCACCAUCCAGGACCUGUUUGAGGUGGAGGCGGGCUCCGGGGAGAAAGUGGAGGAGUUUGUGGUGCUCCCCCAGGAGCCCUCCCCGUCGGAGGCCAUCUCCCCCCGGGUGGCGCGCCCCUACAUCCAGGCCCUCAGCAGCAUCAGCCUGGAGCCUCCACUCACGGACGAGGAGGAUGAGGAGGAGGGCGGCGGAGGAGAUAGGGAGCUAGAGGAGGAGGAGGAGGUGGAGGAGAAGGAGGUGGCCAAAGGGAAGAGGGAGGAGAAGAAGGAAGAUGUGGGGGAGGAACGGACGGGAGAGGUGGAGGUGAAGGAGGAGGCCCUGCAACUGGAGGAGCUGGCUGCCGUCGUGGAGCAGCUGACGCCCAUAGAGAAGUACGCCCUGCACUACCUGGAGUUCCUGCACCUCAGGGAGGACGACAAGAUGGCCAAGGAGCGUCUAGAGAGUGCAAAGCAGGGCUGGGAGCUGCAGCUGCAGCAGAGGCUGAAGGUGGAGCAAGAGGAGCAGCUGGUGAUGGAGGAGGAAGACGACCUCUUCACCUACACCAGGGAGGACGCAUACAACAUGGAGUAUGUGUUUGAGCACCAAGAUGGCCAGACUGAAAUCAUGCCGCUGUGGACGCCGCCCACCCCGCCGCAAGAUGACAAUGACAUCUACAUCGACUCGGUCAUGUGUCUGAUGUACGACACCGCUCCCAUGCCGGAGGCCAAGCUGCCGCCCAUCUACGUACGCAAGGAGCACAAGAGACUCAAGAUGGACCCCAGUGGAGGCCGCAAGAUCAAGAAGAAGGGGCACGGGGAGGCGGUGAUCCCUCCUCGCUCGCUGUUCGACAAGGCCAGCCUGCUGAAGGUGCGGCGGGACAGCAAGGAGCAGAAGAAGAACUUCUCCCUGAAGCAGCAGGCUCCCUUCCCCAAGCCGCUGCCCGCCCUGGUCAAGCCGGCCGCCGAGGUGGGACAGGACAACCCCGAGUGGCUCAUCAGCGAGGACUGGGCACUGCUGCAGGCUGUGAAGCAGCUGUUGGAGCUGCCCCUGAACCUGACCAUUGUGUCCCCGGCCCACACGCCCAACUGGGACCUGGUGAGCGACGUGGUCAACUCCUGCAGCCGCAUCUACCGCUCGCCCAAGCAGUGCCGCAGUCGCUACGAAAACGUCAUCAUACCCCGCGAAGAGGGCAAGUUGAUGUACGAGGCUAACCCCAAGAAGAAAACCAAGAGCAUUUACAAGACCAAGAAUAGUCGUCCGUUGCGCACGCACCAGAUCUACACUCAGGACGACAACUCCACCCACAUGCAGCUGUACAGCAGCCGCUUCGAACUCAUGAAGAUCAUCGCCAGCAAGAGGAGCCCCCCCAUCAAACCUCUGCUGGGUAUGAAUCCAUUCCAGAAGAACCCCAAGCAUGCCUCCGUCCUGGCCGAAAGCGGGAUCAGCUACGACAAGCCACUCCACCCAAUCCAGGUGGCGUCUCAACGAGCAGAGAGAAUCGCCAAGGAGAAAAAGGCCAUGGCCGAGCAGCAACGUGCCCAGCAGCUAGCACAGCAGGCAGCGGGAGCUCCCCAGGCCCAGGCGGGGGUGGCCCAGCCACAGGCCCAGGCCGGGGUGGCCGGACAGCCCCAGGCAGCUGGGGUCCCCCAGCAGGCCGCCGUGGCCGGAGCCGCCGCACUGCCCAACACCGCAGUGCUGGCUGGGGCCAUUAAGACUGCCGGAGCUGGCACCACCCUCCAAGCAGCUGCAGGAGGCAAUGUGAUUGUGAACACAGUGGCUGGAGUUCCCGCUGGUCAGUUCCAGGCCAACAAGCGUCUAGCCUCCCCGGUCAUCCCUGGAGCUCUGACUGCGGCGGGCACAGCCGCAGCCCAGGUGGUGCAUGCGCAGCAGAGGGCGGUGCCCACCGCAGCUGCCCCUGCCGAGGUGGCGGCCAUCCCCUCGGGACACGUGGUCCGCACAGUCACUCCCGUCACCGCAUCCGCUGUCGUCUCCACCAACCUCACCCCCGUCCAGUCGCAGGCACGCUCGCUCGUCACUCAAGCAGGUAUGCAGCUGCCGCCUGGUAAGUCUCUGACUCAGGCCCAUCUGCAGAUCCUGAGACAGCAGCAACUGCAGCAGCAGCAACAGGCAGCAGGAGCCUCACCACAGAUCAAAGCUGUGGGCAAACCGCAACAGGCUGAGCUGCUGAAGUUACAGAAACAGAAGCUCCAGCUGCAGCAGCAGCAGCAGGUGGCGGCGGCCGUGGCAGCAGCUCAGGGUGCCCAGGCCGUGCCGCAGGCGGCCCAGGUGCAGGCCGCGCCCUCAGCAGCAGCAGCCGCAGCAGCCCAGGCCAACCCCCAGCUGGCAGCUGUGGCCGCCCCACGCCCCGGAGCCGUGCUGCCCGUCGGCACGGUGGCUAACCUGCAGGUGGCACGCCUGACGCGUGUGCCAGCCCAGUCUCAGCUCCCGGCGCAGGCUGCCCAGACGGCGCAGGUGGCCCUGUCCAAGCCGGUGGUGUCUGUGCCAGCCGUGGUGUCCUCCGCCGGCGUCACCACCCUGCCCGUCACAGUGGCCGGCAUCAGCGUCACCAUCGGACAGGCACAGAAAGCAGGGGGCCAGGUGGUGACCCACCCGUUCCAGGUGCAGCAGGUCCAGCAGCUCCUGCAGCAGCGACAGAAGCAGCAGCAGCAAGCAGCCGCCCAGGCAGCAGCAGCAGCCGCCGCACAGCAGAAGGCAGCCGGGCAGCCACAACAGGCCACCGCCACCGUACAACAGAAGUUGGCGUCGGGGCAGGCGGCCCAGGCAGCUCAGCAGCAGCAGAAGGUUGCGUACGCCACCACCACGCAGCUCCAGCAGCCAAUCAAGACGCAGUACUACACCACCACCCUCGCUCAGCCCCAGAAGAGCCCCGCUACGCAGCAGAUACAGGUUGCUAAGAUAGUACAGCAGCAAUCUACAGUAGCCAAUAUCCAGCAAAUAGUAUCCUCUCCCCAGCAGGUGGUUCAGCAGAAGCUGCUCCAGCAGCAGGUUGUCACGGCAACAGCAGCGGCGGCGGCAGCAGCAGGCUCCCCCCAGAUGCAGUCUCCGCCCCCACACAGCCCCGCCCAGCAGGGGGCCUCCAUCGCCACGGCAGCCGCAGCGACCACCCCCGACGCCACCGCCCCCCCAGCCCAGGCCUCCCCAGCACCCGCGCAGGGCAAAGGGCGAGGCGGGGGAGCAGCACGCUCUAAAGCCCCCGCCAAACCUAGUGGAGGAAGCUAGACGAGGAGGAGGAGAAGGAGAAGGCAAAAUGCAUCUCUGAUGAAGACACCCACACAGUGGCAUAUAUGUAGAUGUUUAUCUGAUGGAGACACCCACACACUAUAUAUAAACAUACACAUCGACAAGUACUACACAUACACACAAGCAUACUAAUAGUGCAAGCGAAAUGUCACAGUUUCUCAUAAACACGUGGAAACACACCUGUAACACACAAGCACACACUUACUAACAACACUGCUAGUGUCAAUUUUGCUUAUAUAUGUGGACACAUACACGUACAUACAGUAUACACACAAGCAAUACACUUUACUAACCCUGUUAGCGAAAACAUGACCAUUUCUCUUCAUCGACAAGACCGAACCAAGUAUUUUCUAUUAUUUGUAUUUUACCCUGGGUCAAACUGGGGGUGCUUAUUGGAAAACACACACACACACACACACACACACACACACACACACACACAGAGAUCGUUUAAAGCGCCGUUGGGAUUCAACUGUCCACAUUGUGUGUGUAUGCAGUGUGUCCACUUAAAGACGCUGAUGUGUUAACGUGUUCCUGUAGAUCAUGUGGCGUAACAUACUGGGUCAUCAGGAGUCUUCUGUGAUAGCCCACCUCCUUUGUGCAAAACUAACGAACUCUCUUUUUUUGCAUACAUGCAUGCAGAACAAACAACAAAAAAACACCAUAAAAAGCUCUGCCCUCUUAGAAUGUCUCUCAAAGGUGGCACGGUGAUAUGUGGCUAACUACCCCCUUAUCUGACUUUGUCGAUAUUUUUUAUACUAAAAAGGAAAUGAAAUUCCCCCCAAACAUCUAGCCUGGGCGAAAUCUUUGGGUGGAGUACAUAGGAUGGCGUCGCCAGGCUACCAAACAUCCUCCUUUUUUUCUUUUUAUAUAACGGCGUCACCACCUUGGCUGGUGUGGUGUGAUUUCUGAGGUAGCGAAAAGAGGCAUUACUGCUCUGCUCUGCUCUCUCUUUACUUGGUAUGUAAUAUAUUCCUUCAAUAAAUGAUUGUCGUCGUGUGUCAGUAUUGUAAUAUAGUGGAUUGUGAUUUAGUAUGUCUUUUUUUUCCCUUCGGAGGCCGCCAAUGUCAGCCAGCUUUGAGAGACGUAAUGAAAACAUAAUCUAAUGAAAACCUUUUGAAUGUGGUUUUUUUUAUUAUUGUUAUUAUUUGUUUUUGGCCCCUUAUUUUUCCACAGUUUUGUCUGAAAAAGUGUGGACGUUAGCAAAAUGGAAUCUCGAGCUAAUCUACCGAUAGUGGUUAUGUUCAAUAAUCAUAUUUCUCAUCACCAGCUUGUAUGUGAGAACUGGAUUCAAAGAAAUUGUGCUUGUGUUUUUCUUUUCUGAGUUCAUGAUGAUAUCGUUCAUCAACAACUCUUUUGAUGUGCGCGCCCCCUCCUCCCUCAUUAAAUAUGCACCAUGUUUUUUUUUUAAUUAUCCGUAUUAAUAUAUGUACCAGAUGCAACACUGUACACAUGUAUGUAAACAUUCUUCAGCUUACAGUAUGUUUCUCAUCGUAUGACCUUUUUUUACAAAAAAAGAAAAGAAAAGAAAAAGAAAUUUGUACGUGUUUGAGAGUAUGUGUAUUAUGUGCGCUUGUGUGUGUUAGGUGUGGGCAGAGCAGACGUGUAAAUAAUAAUGGCAAACAAAAAAAAUCAUUUGUACCUGUAAAGGAGUUGUGUUGUCAUUGGACUUUCUUUUUUCAGCCAAACUGUAUAAAGGGUUUUCAUUUUUAUACACA